GAUUUCGAGGCUACAAGUUAAUAAUGUUUGUCAAAUUUUAGUUUAGUUAUUGUAUUUUGUUGAGACGCAAAACACCAUUGGAAAAUAGGAUAGGAACAUUUUUUGGCAAAAAGUCAAUAUCAAAAGCGUGUGACACAAAAUAAAAGUAUUGUAGAUCAAGGACUUUCAUGUCAACCAUAUCAACAACUGGAAAUUAUGCGAAUGGUUGCACGAUAACAUCGAUAAAUUCCAGAACGAAUGCGAUAAACCCAAGGAUUUUGAUGAAAUUGAUGAGAAGCUGCUUAAGCUCAGUAAGAGGUUCUUCUGGUUAUUCAUAUUUCUAACUAGUAUACCUUUUGUGGCUUCGUUCUUUAUAACUUGCGAGAAACACAUAGUCACAGACUGUGGCUUGAUCAGUUACAGUUAUGUCUAUAUGGAUACGUUUUAUACACCUGCAAGGCAGAUUUUCUUCUUUACCCAAUUGUUCUCUACAUAUUUUACUGCAUAUAGUAUAGUUUUCAGCUACUUAGAUUACUUAGUGUGUAUCCGGUGCGUUUUGUCUAUGUUCAAGCACUUAAAUUUAAAGUUGGACAAGCUGAAACACUUCAAAACCAGAUCAUCCAGGAAAGUUCAGAUCAAAAACUGUGUUAUUUACCAUUUACGCAUCAUCAAAUUGUCGAAUACACUGAACUCAGCAUAUAAGAACGCAACAAUUUCAAUCUUCAUAGCGCCAGUGAUGCUAAGCGUAAUUAUUUUUCAAAUUUUAUCGGGUGGGAAUCACAUCAUGUACAACGUGAUCCACAUGAUUAUCUGGUUAUUGGUUCUAAUAUCGUCCUGUGCAACUGGAGAAAGUAUGAUCGAACAUAGUUUGUCCAUUGUGAAUGCAGCGUACGAUUCCAUUCCGUUCGACGGAGACACGGAAUCUCAGAAGGAUAUUAUCCUUAUUAUACGAAGGGCUAGUCGUCCUUUAACAUUGAAUAUAGGAAGCUUCAGCGACUUCACGAAUCCAUUCGCAUUGAGCACGUUCAAAUUUUCCUACACCGUUACAACUUAUUUGGUGCAGAAGUAAUAGAAGGAUUUUGAAUGUUCUUCUUUGUAACAGACAAAAAAAACUUGCUUAUCUUAUGUCGCUUUAAACACCUCACAAGCACAUUAACAAUUGGAUCUUCAAUUGAAUGAUUGCCAACUCGAGCGCGUUUGCAAUUUAUUUUGAACCUUUGCCCUUUCUUUAGAUGUAACCAAAUACACUCUUAUAAAAAAAAAUAUUUUAUUGCAAUAAUGCAACAGAAUUGUAGUGCAGAUAAUUCUUCAAUUUAUUUCAAUAACAAACGUUUAUAUUUCUAUAUUUUUUUA